AUGUAUAGUGCAUCGAUUAAUCCCAACUAUUCGUCUACAAAUUUAUUGCAAAUCAACGGAGAUAAAAAGGAAGAUUUUAAGAGACCACAGUUUCAGCAGCAGUUUUCUUUUCCCAGCACCUUCACUUUAACACCUCCAUUAUCGAAAGUAUCGUCUCCUGUCCAUGAACAAUCUUCUCCAUUUUCCACGAAGAAUGCUUCGUGGUUCCAACAGAUAAGAUCUCGAUUCGCCUGGAGUGAGUUUGACCCUCGCGUGGUCGGCUUAUGUUUUCUUUGGUACAUUGUUUCCAUUUUCUCAAGCAAUUCCACCAAAAUGAUUCUCCUGCAAUUUAGUCAUCCUGUCACCUUGACUGAGUGUCAGUUUUUAUUGAAUAUUGUACUAUCUGUGGCUCUUCUCAAACUUGUGAUGGUUUUCGAUGCGGCAAAGGCUUUCCCGCCCGGUUGCAUACCUCCAUUAAAUGCAAGCAUCUUCAAGAUUUUGUCACCAACACCAUUAAUUCUUUCCACCACUGUCCCCAUGGGUGUGUUCCAGUUUACGGGCCAAUUGACGUCCCAUAAGGCUACUUCUUUGGUCCCUGUCUCGUUGGUUCACACAAUAAAAGCAUUGUCACCUAUUGUGACAGUUGCAAUUUUCCGUCUAUUUUUCGGUAUCAGAUACAAAACCAUCAGUUACAUUUCACUUUUUCCUCUAGUGGCAGGUGUUAUUCUCGCAUGUUAUCGUCCAAAGCAUUCCGAAAACCAAUCACACUAUGGAUCAGGGCUCUUUUACGCCCUGGUAUCAAUGUUAAUUUUUGUCUCACAAAACAUCUUUGCCAAAGCGAGAUUAACUUAUAACAGUGAUGCAUUGCCCUUGAAUAAGACGAAAAAGGACAAGGUCGACAAGUUGACGAUCUUGCUUUACUGUUCGCUUGUUGGAUUUGUGUUGACUCUUCCAAUCUACGCAUACCUGGAAUUUAGAAAUCCUCGUAUAUCCAUCUUUGACAUUACCACCAAAGUGGCUAUUUUAAUUGUUUUAAAUGGAGUAUCUCACUUUGCUCAAACCUUCACCGCAUUUCAGAUUCUUGGACUCAUGUCACCUGUCAAUUACACCAUUGCCAGUUUAAUGAAGCGGAUAUUUAUUAUAGUGAUUGCCUACUUGUGGGAAAGUAAGUCUAUUUCACCUCGACAAAUUGUCGGGUUGUGUCUUACCAUUGUUGGACUCUACUGCUACGAGAUUUGGGGCGGUGAAAAACGACCUCACAGUAAAAGUAGUUAG